AGUGUUUUCGAAUGUAAUGUCAAAUGCACACCACACAAACUUGCAACCUGGCCCUUUCAAUAAAUAAAUUCACCACAGUCCGAUAAAUUUUACGAUCUUUUAUCAUUUCUGCGAGUUUUCAUUCAAAUGACCUGUGGUGGGAAAGCACAAUAAUCGAAAAGUUAUCUGAAUCGCUUGACCAGUGGGUGAUGUGUUUCUAUCGAUGACAAACAUUUCUCCGGUAUCAUUGAGUGAUCCUCGUUUCGAUUUGUGGUCCCAAUUACCCCAUUCGGAGUCAAAAUGGGAAACAAGAAUCUGUACAAACCGUGCAUACAUGGCAUGUCCAAAAGAUGGGACAAGUUCACGUUACUUAUGUGGAAGAACUGGAUACUGCAAUACAGGAAACCUUUACAGACUGUGAUAGAAAUUUUAGCACCCGUAUUAUUUUCAAUAUUGUUAGUUAUUGUAAGAAAUUUAGUUGAACCAACGCACAAUCCCACGUUGUUGUUCGAGCCAUUUUGUCCAACGUCACCUUUGAAAAGCGAUGUUUUUUCUUUCAUUUGUGACCUCAAAGAGAACACCACCUCCAAAAGAUACAACAUUUCAGGUGCAGGAAAUUUCAGUACUUUAGCCAUAUUGUAUACACCUAUCAAUGACGACACGGAAAGAAUUAUGCAACUUUCCCAGUUUGCCAGUUUAGACACUAUAGGCUUCAAUACUUCACAAGAACUAGUCGAUUACUAUAGAACGAAUCAAACUAUUCUGGUUGGAUUAGAAUUCGGUGAGAUGGAAGAAGGAAAAGAUAUCAACGUGAAAAUAAGAUUUCCUUCAGAGCUUAGAGUCCCUCAAGGAGCAAUUGGUGGCCCCACAGACUGGAAAACUAAUCAAUUAUACCCCAUUUAUCAAAUGCGUGGACCCCGAAAUCCCAACGCUACCAGAGGAGGUGACCCAGGUUACGCUAAUGAGCUGUUUUUGGCAAUCCAGGAAUUUCUAACGAUAAGUAUGAUCUAUAUGCAUCCGAAUAAAACGACGUCGGACGUCUUGUCGAAUUUCCCAUAUGUGCACGUGCGUCGCUUCCCCUACUACCAAUGGGAAGAGGAUCCCUUGCUGCAGGCUCUACAAGGGUUUGCCGGGCUGGUCGUCAUGGUCAGCUUCUGCUACACCUGCACCAACCUGGUGAAAAUGAUAACCAACGAAAAAGAGAAACAACUCAAGGAAGCCAUGAAGAUGAUGGGUCUUCCUAACUGGUUGCAUUGGUUGGCCUGGUUUUUGAAGAGCUUCUCUUUCCUCAGCAUCUCGGUGAUACUGAUCACGAUCCUUUUGAAAGUGAAAUGGUACUCAACGUCAGACUUCAGCGUGUUGACCUUCUCUAAUCCAUCUAUUAUCCUGACGUUUUUUCUUUUAUACGUCUGCUCCAUAAUUACCUUCUGUUUUGCCAUAAGCGUUUUCUUCUCCAAAGCUAAUACUGCAGCAACAGUGAGCUCAGUCAUAUGGUUCUUAUCCUACGUACCUUAUUUGAUACUUAGGAAGCAGUACGAUACCUUGAGUCUUGGAGAGAAACUAGCCACGAGUUUAGGAAUGAAUUCUGCCAUGGCUUACGGUUUGCAGAUCAUGCUGAUGUUUGAAGGGUCAGGGGAAGGUAGUCAAUGGCAUAACCUCUUCAAAGCUGGAUCGCCCGAUGACACUCUAACUUUAGGACUGGUCUUCGUUAUGUUGGUAAUCGAUACGAUUCUGUAUCUGCUCAUCGCUCUCUAUUUUGAAGCUGUUAUCCCUGGGGAGUAUGGUCUCCCCAAACCAUGGUACUUCCUCUUCACCAAAAACUUUUGGUGUGACGAAACCAUCAUCAAAGGUCCAGCAGAAGACAUCACGACUCCGGAACAUCUCAGAGGCUUUUUCGAAAAGGAACCAACCAACCUGCAUGCAGGCAUCCAGAUCAGGAGCCUGAGGAAGGUCUUCAAGGGUAACGUGGCGGUGGACAACCUCGCCCUCAACAUGUACGAGAACCAGAUCACCGUCCUAUUGGGCCACAACGGUGCAGGCAAGACCACCACCAUGUCCAUGUUGACCGGUAUGUUUCCCCCUACCAGCGGUACAGCCAUUAUCAACGGUUUCGACAUCAGAACGGACAUGGACGGUGUGAGAUCCAGUCUAGGCUUGUGUCCUCAGCACAAUAUACUCUUCGACGAGCUGACGGUGAGGGAGCAUUUCUAUUUCUACAGCAAGCUGAAGGGCAAGAGGGAGGAGGAUAUCCAGGCUGAGGUCAGGAAAUACUUGAGCCUUCUGGAACUCGGACCGAAGGCAGACGCUAAGUCUAGCACCUUAUCAGGAGGAAUGAAGAGAAAACUGUGCGUCGGCAUAGCCCUUUGUGGUAACUCCAAGAUUGUUAUGCUGGACGAACCAACAGCUGGUAUGGACCCUUCUGCUCGAAGAGCGCUCUGGGAGCUCAUUCAAUCGGAAAAACAAGGACGCACAAUGUUGCUAACAACCCACUUCAUGGACGAAGCGGAUCUACUCGGAGACAGGAUAGCCAUCAUGGCAGGCGGUAGGCUCAAAUGUUGCGGUUCCAGUUUCUUCCUGAAGAAGAAGUACGGGGCAGGUUACAACCUGGUCAUGGAGAAAUCACCACGUUGCGAUCCCGAAGAGGUCAAGGAUCUCUUGAAGACUUACAUUCCGAACAUAGAGAUUCACAGCAACGUGGGCUCUGAACUGAACUUUCUGCUGCCUGAAGAUGCCGUUUCUGUUUUCGAAGACAUGUUCAGAGAGCUGGAAAGGAGUCAGAAGGAGCUAGGAGUUAACAGUUACGGUGUGUCGCUCACCACAUUGGAGGAAGUGUUCAUGAAGGUUGGAGCCGAUCAUGAAGGAAGUGCAAGACCUGAAUCAUCAGAAAAUGGAAUUUCCAAUGGAAAUCACUGCAAAGUUUCAAUCGGCGGCAAUCAUUUUCUGACGGGUUAUAAACUGAUCAAAAACCAAUACCUGGCCAUGCUCAUGAAGAAGAUCCUAUCGGCCCUCAGGUCUUGGCGUCUCCAUCUCAUAGUGCUCGCGAUACCGGUGUUCAUGAUCAUAGUGACCAUGCUGUUGAACAAGGCUCAGAAACAGCCAGAACUGCCCCCAUUGAGUCUCAAUCUAGAGGCGUACAGCAAGCAGCGACCCACGGUCCUGGUGGAGAGCGAUGGAACCACCGACUACGAGGGCUUCUUCAAGGGUCUGAGUCACGUGGGGAAUUACAGGAAGGUUGACGAUCUGACCAAAGAAAUGUUGCGCUUGACGAAGGAUAAUGCCCCCUCGGUGAGAAGUCACUAUCUGACCGGUGCAUCGUUCCAAACCGUCGAAGAAGAUGCAUUCUUCUUCAGCAAGAAGAAUAGGUCUGUUCUGACAGCUUGGUUCAACAACGACGCCUACCAUACAGCGCCUGUGGCUCUCGGUAUGGUUUUGAACUCGAUUUAUCAGAAAAUGGUCAAUAGCACGUCGAAAAUUAACUUCUUGAACCACCCCCUACCUUUCAAAUUGACCACUCAGUUCAACAAGUUAAGCGAUGGCGAUUCGAUGGGUUUCAACAUAGCCUUCAACCUGGGCUUCAGCAUGACCUUCGUGUCGUCCUUCUUCAUACUCUUCUACAUCAGGGAGCGUAUGACCAAGUCGAAGCAUCUGCAGUUCGUCUCUGGCGUGAAGGUCUUCAUCUACUGGACGACCUCUUACGUUUGCGACAUCCUAACUUUCACUGUGAUCCAGAUAGCCACCAUCAUCACACUUGCCAGUUUUCAGGAAGAUGGGUUGAAGGCGCCAGACGAUCUUGCCAGAAUAUUCCUGCUGCUGUUCAUGUUCUCGUACUCCGUCCUGCCACUGAUGUACGCCAUGUCCUUCUUCUUCGAGAUACCGUCGACUGGCUACACCAGACUGAGUCUGUUCGGCGUGUUGGCCGGCGACAUGGCCUUCCUCAUCAUCCAGUUGCUGAAGCUUCCGGUCUUGGACCUGCAGCCGCUUGCAAACACCCUCCACUGGGUAUUCCUCAUUGUGCCCCACUAUUCCCUGUGCACUGGGGUCCUAAACAACUACAAUAUCUUCGCCUUCAACAAGUACUGCAGUUUAUAUGUAAAAUCCUGCGAGAUCAGGAACACGACCAAGGCUUGCUGGGAUGAGGUUUGCUCCCGCUUCUCGGACUACUGCUGCAAGGAACACUUCCAAUGGACCCCGCCAGGACUGUCGGCCAACAUCCUCUACAUGUUCAUCUUCGGAACAGUCAUCUUCGUCGUAAUCGUCAUGGUCGACUACAAGAUGUUCAAUCUGAUAUUGGAGAAACUCGACAGGAGGAAACAAAAGUUUCCUUUGUCCGUACCCUUCGAGGACAGCGACGUGGCUGACGAGAAAGAAAGGAUAAGGAACUGCAGCGAGCUGCAACUGAGACAAAAUCACGCCUUGGUGCUGAAAGACGUUACUAGAUACUACGGCAGAUUCCUAGCAGUCAACGGCCUCUGUCUGGGCAUCAAAGAAUCAGAGUGCUUCGGCCUCCUGGGCAUCAACGGCGCCGGCAAGACAACCACUUUCAUGAUGCUCACGGGUGACGUCAAGAUGACGUACGGCAAGGCCUGGGUACGAGGGUUGAGCAUCAACAGCCAGCUCAAACAGGUGCAGAAGCUGAUCGGUUACUGUCCACAAUUCGACGCACUUUUGGACGAUCUGACUGCCAGAGAAUCACUGACCAUGUUCUGUCUCUUAAGGGGCAUACGUAAGGUGGACUGUGCCUACAUUGCGGAGAAGCUGGCGAAGGAUUUCGACUUCACCAAGCAUCUGGACAAGCAGGUGAAGGAGUUGAGCGGGGGUAACAAGAGGAAACUGAGCACUGCGAUUGCCCUGAUUGGCGAUCCGCCGGUGUUGUACUUGGAUGAACCAACUACAGGUAUGGAUCCCGCCACCAAGCGUUACCUCUGGAACGCACUGUGUGCAGUUAGGGACAGCGGAAAAUGCAUUGUUCUGACCUCCCACAGCAUGGAGGAGUGCGAGGCGCUUUGCACGAAGAUCGCCAUCAUGGUGAACGGCAACUUCAAGUGCCUAGGCUCCACCCAACACCUCAAGAGCAAGUUUGCCGAAGGGUACACGUUGACCAUAAAGGUCAGAAAGGCGGACGGUAGCCACGGUUUAGAGCACGCUGGCACGGAAUCCAUCAAGAGCUUCGUCGAGAAGAGCUUUGGCAGGGUCCAGCUGAGGGAAGAGCACCAGGAGUUGAUAACCUACUAUAUCUUGGACACCAGUAUGGCCUGGUCCACCAUGUUCGGAAUACUGGAGAGGGGCAAGAAAGAGUUGAACAUCGAGGAUUACUCUUUGGGACAGUCCAGUUUGGAGCAAGUUUUCCUCACAUUCACAAAACAUCAAAGUCAUGAAAGCCCACGUCAUCGUGGACGCAUCGAUGAUGUAUAAAAUACCAAUUUCUUAUGAAAUAUGCCUCUUAAAAAACUGUGAUUUUUCAGCUAAGUUUAAGCACUCAACAAUGGAUUUUUAUUCUAUUUUAUGACAAAACUAUAGUUAUGCAAAUUUAGAUUGUAAGUUUGAUUUUAUCCUUAAAAUUAAGAUAGAUUAGAUAGGAUUGAUCUUCCUAUUAAAAUAUGGAUUGAAGAUAAUAUGUUCAUUAAUUAAAUUAAUUUAUUUUGAAAAAUAAAUCGUUCAUUCAACAUGAAA